AUGGGAUCAGAUAGCUACAGAGGCACAUUCAUCCCUGGCUUCACCGACGCAUUGUACAUCUCGCCUGCGUACACUACUCCUUUGCGCGAUCUUCAAAGAUUCUUCUCCCUUCUGAAAGGAGCAGAAACCCUCCGAGUCCCGAUCUACCGCCUCCCCAAGAACAUUCUCCCUCUCAAACGAACAAGUCUCCUCCUAUUCUCGGCCUCCCUCUCAGAAUGUCGCUCGCCGACCCCUCAACCGGCGAAAACCACCGUCGACCGUCAGUCCACCACGCCCUUCCUGUUGAACUUCUGCUACCGGUCCUCCGCCUUCCACAGCCUCACCGAAUUCCCCGUACCGACCCCGUCAAACCCGCACCCGCACCUACCUGCCCACUUGCAGAUCUACACGUGGAUGAGCUGUACCUUGCGAGAACUCGCGCUGCUGUUGACGCAGGCCCUGCCGCAAAUCUUACCUGAUCCGGCCGUGGGCACGAGGUUGAGCUUCAGACUCGUCUACCCUGACGUUCACGCCAGCCGAGGCGGAGGGGGAAGGCUUGAAAGCGAAGGAAGAGGGAGAUACCUGAGCAAAGAGAUAGGUAGUGUCGUUGUCUCGGCGCCGGAAUAUUCCAAUGGCGGUGGCGGCGGUGAUGGUGUCCAACUCGAAGGAGACGACGCUGGCAAGACGCUGGAAGAUGCACGGUUUGUUAUAGGAGACUUUAUCGACUGUGCCGUCUUCCCUCCCUUGAGCGACGGCACCGUGGUUUCUCGAGGAAGUGUCAGUGGCAGAGGAGGUUCCCGAGAAAAUGGCUAUGGGAGAGUGCGAGGAGGCGGGUACGGUCUGAGCAGUAGGGGCAGCUUCAAUGGCUAUGGGUCAAGAGGUGACUUUGGCGGCUGGGGCAAUAUUCCAAGCGGUGAAUGGAGGCGAGGAGAAAGGCUUCCUGAUUCUGGUGGUUACCGUGGGGGUGGAAGAGGUGCCAGGAGAGGGUAUUGA